AAGUUUUUUUUGCGACUAGAGCGACAAGUCGCGGUCUCCGUCCUCCACCUCCCGAGUUCUGACCUGACCGCCGGCUGCUGCCUCCGCCGCCUCGCCUGCUCCCUUCCCCUAGUCCCGCCCGACCUCGCCGUCGGCCACCAGUGUACGUACCCCCACGUCGCCCCUCGCCCUUCCCCACAUCGCCUGUCGCCCGUGUGCCCCGUGUGGUCGCCUCGCGCACCCCCAUCCCAGGCCCCGCGGCUGCUCGUUCAGUUGCCCCCGCCCAGAGCCACCGCCUGUCAAAAAUCUAUACCCGUACACCAUUUGCUAAGCUUUCAGUUCUUGAACCACCUGCUGAUACCGGGGUGUUCGGCCAUCCGAUCGUACUAGCGAUCUCAACUCUGAAGGAGGCCAACGUGUUCGAAGAAAUGCUUCUCUGAACCGUUUCCGGCCCUCCGCGAAACGACGCAACUGCCAGCAAUGGCUUUCGGGUCUGCCAUCGAAAGGAGCGUGGCACGGCCGCUCAUGAGGCUGGUGACCAUGGGCGGCGCGCCCAUCAUGCAGCAGCUGCACCUGGAGGAGCGGCUGCUGCGCCGAACCAGCGACAACUGGUGCGUCGUCAACGACGGCACGGCGCCUCCCACCAUCGUCAUGGGCGUCUCUGGGAAGGUCUCUGAGCUCGUCGAGAUACCGCCUGUCCUCCAGGACCGUGUGCCGGUGAUAAGGCGGUUCAGUGGAGGUGGCACUGUCAUCGUUGAUCAGGGGACGGUCUUCGUCACCUUCAUAUGCAAUAAGACCGCUGUCGCUGGUUUGCAGCCGUUUCCUCGCGACAUCAUGACGUGGACAGGCCAGCUCUACGGCAAAGUGUUCCGUGGGUUUGGUGAAUUUCACCUGCGUGAAAAUGACUAUGCAUUCAGUCAUCGAAAGUUUGGUGGAAAUGCGCAGUCCAUAACAAAAGACCGUUGGGUACAUCAUACAUCAUUCUUAUGGGAUUAUGAUGUGAAAAAUAUGAAUUAUUUAAAGAACCCACAACGUGCUCCUGAAUAUCGGCAGGCGAGGAACCACACGGAUUUCCUGUGCCGCAUGAGCGAGUAUAUGCCAUCACGGUCAGAUUUUACUGAAGAGAUAACUGCCGCACUUGGAGACCACUUCACAGUCCAACACACAGAGCUAGAAACAGCCCUUUCUGAUGACCAUGAGUUUGUGCCUUCUACAAAGCUAUUAUCGCCGCAGGACUUGCAAGAUAUUAUCUCCUCAAAAGAAUCCCCUACAGUGGAGAGAGUUCAAGGAUGGCCACGGUCAUGAAGACAACUUAUUCCGUGACAUGAUUUUGAUGUCACACGGUGAACUCACAGGAUAUUAAGAUGACUUAUUUUGUGACAUGUGAAAAUUAUUGUCAUAUGAUGAACUCGACUUGGAGUUCAGACUUCAGACGACACUUUUCUUACUGUAUUUAUUGCUUCAAUAACCGAAGCAUCUUUUGUUGGAGUGAGCUGGGACUGUAUGAUUUCAGAUAGUUGUACGUGCUAUAUUUAUUCUGGGGCACUCUCUCCGUUA